GAAAGUUGAAGCUUCAACUGGAAUUCAACCAAUUUCCGUUUUCUAAGGUCACAACCCAAAGUUUACCUCCCACGAUAAAUCCCCGACCCUUUACACUCAUUUUUCUUCCUUCAGUUUGUACACUCCACCAAACUCGAAAGUACACAAACCAGAAAAAGAACCAUGUCAGACACUCACCGCGCCGACGAGCGGCGCUUCCUCGACGAGCGCGGCUCCUCGGCCUCUCUCGCGCCGAACGGCCUCAACCCAGCGACCAUCAUGGAGAAAGCGGUGCGCGAGCGCAUCAUCGACUCGUACUUCUGGAAGGAGCAGUGCUUCGGGGUGAACGAAGCCGACAUCAUCGACCGCGUCGUCGACCACGUGUCCUUCGUCGGCGGCACCUACGGCGUAACCCAAAAACCGACCCCUUUUCUCUGCCUCGCGUUCAAAUUGCUGCAGCUCGCGCCCGAUGAUUCGGUCCUGGCCGAGUACCUGCGCUUCGGCGGCGACAAGUUCAAGUACCUGCGCGCGCUGGCCUGCUUCUACGUGCGGCUGACGCGGCGCGCCGAGGCCGUGUACGCGACGCUCGAGCCGUUCCUCGAGGACCGGCGCAAGCUGCGCCGCAAGGGGCGCGCGGGAACGGGCCUGACGUACGUCGACCAGUUCGUCGACGACCUGCUGACGAAGGACCGCGUGUGCGCGACGAGCCUGUGGCAGAUGCCGAAGCGCGAGAUCCUCGAGGACCUGGAGCUGCUGGAGCCGCGGGUCAGUCCACUGGGCGAUAUCGAGGAUUUGCUGGAGGAUGAGGAUGAUUUGGAGAUGAAUGAAGAGGGCGCGAACGGGGAUGCGAGGUCGGAUAGUGAUGAUGAAGGGUUGAUUAAGGAGGAGGAAGGCGAGGGGAAUGAUACAAGACGUCGGAGAUCGACUUCCGGGUCAAGUGGGAGAGGACGCUCGAACUCGAGAGACCGAAGCCGUUCACGGUAUGGAUGUGGACCGAAGUGAUGGCUUGAGCGGAGAUGAACGAUAAGGUGACGACUACACAUGCCUGCACUCUCGAACUAAAACAACUGGGCCAUAUGCGAGUCACUACAGAGGUCUACCGGAAAGCAAGGUGAGCUUGUUGCUUGAUUCAAAUAAUCAUGGUAAGAGCUCAAGAUAUCCUAUAUUGACAAGUCUAUUGGGUAUUAUGUUCUAUAUAUAUCCCCCGACGCGAAUCUCCGC